AAAAAAAAAAAAAAAAAAAAAAAAAAAAAGUUAGACGAAAUGGUCGUAAGGACAUCUGUAUGUAAUCAACGUCAGGAUCGUCCCGGUAAAAAGGAGGUGCGUCGACUGCAUUGGUGCAUAUGACGAUCCCUCGAAUUAUUGACCUGACACGGGUAGUUCCUGUUAUUCAGUUGUGCUGCUUCUUGGUGGUUACUAUGUAUACAGCCCUGCGGUGCUGUAGUGGUAUUCCCUUUGAGGAACUGGAAAACACCCUUCAGAAAGAGAUGGGUGUGCGUAAGACGAAAAUCAUCCAACCAACCAGGAGCAGACCUCCCGACAAGCCGGGGAAGAUCCGGUGCUACGGCGACAACACUACACUAUAAAGAGAUGAAAGGUAGAUGGUGCAAUGAGAGCUUGAGACCGACCGACCUGCUGACACAAAUCACUCGAUUGGGUCAAAAACGUGCCUCAAAUAGACGAGCCCAUCACGGGGAGACUCCGAAUUCGUACGUAUCAUGAUGCUGACGAUUGGACCCUCCAUCUGUCAUUGCAGUGUCUACCUAGGUAUACUAGGUAUUCAUACAGUACCAGUACCUGUGAUACCUUUCGUAGAGGUACCUGAUACUGUCUUGAAGCUUAGCUCUCGCCAGAAACAACCGCACGCAAAAAGACCUGUUGAUUUUGG